CCCACGCCCUACCAUUUUACUCCGAGAGGCUGUAUGGACGACUGCCUUCAGUCGUUUACCGUUUGGCGCGAAAAAAACAUACGCACGGUGCGGUCCGCACGUUGGUCAGUUUAUAGUGUCGUUUUGUAUAAAUAGGUUGUUUAAGAAACUGAGUGCUCAUCUCUUCUCCUUGGUUACUGAGAAUCGCACGAGAGCUCCUUGUCCGAACUACGAAGAUAUGUACCGAACAUUGAUUCUGUUGGUGGCGUGCGCAGCCGCCGUGCUGUCAGCUCCCCAGCAGAACAGUAACAUCACCUACGUCAAACAGCACCCAGCGGAAAUAACACAACCCACUGCUAAACCCACGGACAGAGAAUCCAGAAUAGAAAAACUACCUUUAACUAUUCCAGGCAAUGUCGAGGAAACACAAACUAAGGAAAACCACAAUUCAGAAAGUAACAAAACUCCUUCAAACAAUACACAACCUGUAUACAACUAUUCAGACAGAAUAUACUCGAUAAAGACUAAACCAAAAACACAACAUAAAGUUAACAGCACAGAAAACAAUGUUCCUUCAAUAGAAGAUAUAAAAGAACCCGCAAAUGUUACCGAAUCUAACGAUCAAGACGUUGUGCCCACUGUCACUGAAUUUAAAGAUCCUGAAAUUGUACCAACCGUCCCCGAAUCAAAUGAUUCGGAUAUUGUUCCCGCUGAAAGCAUAAACAAUGACAGAGUGGCACUCAAUACAGAACUUGACCCCGAAAUAGAAAGUACGCAGAGUGACGAAUUCGUCACGGAGAAAUAUGAGGAAGAACCAACAGUAACCACUGAAAUUGAAGAAUAUAUCACCAAAGCGCCGACACCAAGGCUGUUGCCGAAACUGAGUUACUUCGGAAAGUCUUCGACCGGUUCGUUUUCGCAGAACCUGAUCGCAAGCCCAGGCAAGAGGAGGUUCAGGUCCCGUUGCCGGUGCGAGAAAAUAUGGAACUGCGCCAAACUACAAAUAAGUGUCCCCAGAUGUCCUGAAGAGUACUUCAUGUGUUGUUCAUAGACUUCGGGCUAAAAGUGCUAAUUUAAUUUAUUCUCGAACUGUUUUAGUGAUAAGCCCACCGAACAUUUUAGCAAUGGUUGCUUGCAGAACGCCAUCAGGAAAAAAUACAUAAAAAGUUGUUGAUAACGUUAUGUAUGGAAAACGUUUCAUAUUUUUUACAUACUUUUGGCUACUUGUAGAUAGCCUGGUACAAUUAAUACGCAUUAUUUAUUUCUAAAGUAACAAAUGGGACUCGUCCAAGUUACCUAGCAUUGUACAAAAUUAUACGUAUUUUAAUUGUAUAUCUUAUUGACUGUAUUUGAAAAGGAAUCAGAUUUGGUUCAUAACAUGGGUUGUCUCCUGAUCGUUUACAUAUCACGAGCCUAAUGAUUUCAAAACAGGCAUACCUCUUAUUUAAAGCAUAAUAAUAGUAAAAUGCAUGCCUAGUUCGAGUCACCUAGUUAAUUAUAGAAUGUACUUGUAGUUAUUAAUUAAGAUAAGGUCAAAAAUGUGUCAGAGUGAGAGUGCAAUAAAUAUUUAUAUUAA